UUCUCUGCUGGGGUGAGCUUUUUUCUGUCAGAGGCCCUCAGCCAGGGGAGAGAGAGGGAGCCAGAGAAGAGGGCAGCAGGAGGAAGACCAACACAAGAGAGGCUGAUCUGGAGCCCUGGGGGCGCCACUAAAGGAAGUUACAUGCUGCAUCAGAGAGUUUGGGAUUUUACAUCAAGAGGAAACGUAUUUUCUGGAAUUUAAAGUUUGUGUAAAGUGAAGGAAUCAGGAUGGCAGCCAACGCAGAGGGAAACAAGUCGUUCAUCAUGAACGAGGAGGAACUGAAGAGGAAGCAGAGGGAGAAGCUGAAGAAGCUGCAGGCCACGGGGGGCAAUCCUCGCCCUGCCAGAACUCUCUUCCUCUUCUCACUAAAAAAUCCUUUCCGCAAGGCGUGCACCAACAUCGUGGAGUGGAAAACAUUUGAGAUCAUUAUUUUAUUGACCAUCUUUGCUAACUGUAUUGCUCUGGCUGUGUUCCUGCCCAUGCCCGAAGAAGACAGCAACAACACCAACUCCAGAUUGGAAAGUCUGGAGUCUAUCUUCCUCAUCAUCUUCACGUUAGAGUGCUUCUUGAAGAUCAUAGCGUAUGGGCUUGUGUUCCAUGAAGGGGCCUAUUUACGGAACUGUUGGAACAUAUUGGACUUUGUCAUCGUUUUCAUGGGUCUCUUCACCUUUGCUUUGGAUACCAUAAAUAAUAUUUCAGGAGUACCCGUCGAGAAGGGCGGGGGCUUCGACAUGAAGGCCCUGAGAGCUUUCAGAGUCCUACGGCCUCUCCGUCUUGUUUCUGGAGUUCCCAGCUUGCAGGUGGUGAUGAACUCCAUCCUCAAAGCCAUGCUGCCACUGCUGCACAUCGCCCUGCUGGUCUUCCUUCUGGUCACCAUCUACGCCAUCAUGGGACUGGAACUCUUUAAAUGCAAAAUGCACAAGACCUGCUACUACACUGGCACAAAUAUUUAUGCAGCAGCAGAAGCUGAGCUACCAGCGCCGUGUGCUCAGGCCGGGAAUGGUCGCCGCUGCAUGAUCAAUGGUUCUGAGUGUCGGCCGGGUUGGGAGGGCCCCAACAACGGGAUCACUCAUUUUGAUAACAUUGGUUUUGCUAUGCUGACUGUGUACCAGUGCAUCACCAUGGAGGGGUGGACCAAAGUGCUCUACUGGGUUAAUGACGCCAUAGGAAACGAGUGGCCGUGGCUCUAUUUUGUCCCUCUCAUUCUGCUGGGCUCCUUCUUUGUGCUCAAUCUUGUUCUGGGUGUGCUCAGUGGAGAGUUCACCAAAGAGCGAGAGAAGGCCAGAUCACGAGGGGAGUUUCAGAAGCUGCGAGAGCGUCAGCAGCUAGAUGAAGACGUCCAUGGUUACAUGGACUGGAUCACCCACGCCGAAGUGCUGGAUGCUGACAGAGAAGGCAAAGGUCUCCUGCCUCUGACCAGUGGAGAUUCGGACACAGACAGCCUGUACGACCUGGAAGGCAAAAGUCGUAUAAUAUACUACUACCGUCUGGCCCGUCGCUGGAAUCGUUUCUUCAGGAUGAAGUGUUUGGUUUAUGUGAAAACCAAGAGCUUUUACUGGGUGGUGAUGUUCCUCGUCUUCCUCAACACUCUCACCAUAGCUACAGAGUACCACCACCAGCCGGUCACACUGACCAGCCUGCAAGAUGCAGCUAGCCGCGUGCUGCUGGUGCUGUUUGUCAUCGAAAUGUUCGUGAAGAUGUACGCCCUGGGCCCCAGAGCGUAUUUCAUGUCACUAUUUAACCGUUUUGACUUCUUCGUGGUCCUCUGUGGCAUCCUGGAGAUGAUCAUGUUGUCGGCAGGUUCCGUGGCUCCCCUGGGUUUCUCUGUGCUCAGGUGCAUCCGUCUGCUGCGGAUCCUCAAAGUCACAAAGUACUGGACCUCUCUGAGCAACCUCGUAGCCUCUCUCCUGAACUCUGUUCGCUCCAUCGCCUCGCUCCUCCUCCUCCUCUUUCUCUUCAUUGUAAUCUUCUCUCUCCUGGGAAUGCAGGUGUUUGGGGGCAAAUUUAACUUUGACUACCAUAGGCCCCGUCGCAGUAACUUUGACAACUUCCCUCAAGCUCUGAUCAGCGUCUUUCAGAUCCUCACAGGAGAGGAGUGGACUAACAUCAUGUAUAAUGGCAUCAUGGCCUACGGAGGGCCCGUCAUCCCUGGAAUCCUGGUUGCUAUCUACUUCAUCAUCCUUUUUGUCUGUGGAAACUAUAUCCUCUUAAAUGUCUUCUUGGCCAUCGCCGUGGACAACUUGGCAGAGGCUGAGAGUCUGACCUCAGCUCAGAAAGAAAAGGCAGAGGAGAAGAUCAGGAAGAAACUGCUGAGGUCCAAAAUGCCUGAGAAGACGGAUGAGGAGAGAGAGAGGAUCGCUAAGAAACUGGCUGAGCAGCGGGCCAAGAUGGAGGGCAUGCCCACCACAGCCAAGCUUAAAAUUGAUGAAUUUGAGUCUAAUGUCAAUGAAGUGAAAGAUCCAUUUCCUCCUGCUGAUUUUCCUGGUGAUGAUGAAGAGGAAGAGCCUGAGAUCCCCAUUAGCCCUCGACCUCGACCCAUGGCAGACCUGCAGCUGAAGGAAGAAGCUGUUCCUCUGCCUGAAGCCAGCUCCUUUUUCAUCUUCGGCCCUCAGAACAAAUUUCGUAAACUGUGUUACAAGAUCAUCAACGCUUCCUCCUUCACCAACCUGAUCCUCCUCUUCAUCCUGCUCUCCUCCAUCUCUCUGGCAGCUGAGGAUCCCAUCGACCCCAAAUCCUACAGAAACCAGAUUUUGGCAUAUGCUGACAUUGUCUUCACAACCGUGUUCACCAUUGAGAUUGUGCUGAAGAUGACGGUGUACGGAGCAUUCAUGCAUAAAGGUUCAUUCUGUCGUAACUCCUUCAACAUCCUGGACCUGAUUGUAGUCGGCGUGUCGCUCCUGUCCAUGGGAAUGGAAUCCAGUGCCAUCUCUGUGGUGAAGAUUCUCAGGGUGUUGAGGGUGCUGAGGCCUCUCAGAGCCAUCAACAGAGCCAAAGGGCUGAAGCACGUGGUCCAGUGUGUGUUUGUGGCCAUCAAAACCAUUGGCAACAUUGUCCUGGUCACCAUGCUGUUAAAUUUCAUGUUUGCCUGCAUUGGAGUGCAGCUAUUUAAGGGAAAAUUCUACAGCUGCACGGAUCUGACCAAAGUGACGGCAGAGGAUUGCCAAGGAUACUUCAUGAAGCACGUGGAUAACUCGCUGCAGGACACCGUGUUGGCUAAAAGAGAGUGGCUCAACAGUGACUUCAACUUUGACAACGUUCUCAAUGGGAUGUUGGCUCUGUUUACGGUGUCCACGUUUGAGGGCUGGCCAAAACUUUUAUACAGGGCCAUAGAUUCAGCAGAAGAAGAUCUAGGUCCUGUCUACAACAACCGUGUGGAUGUGUCCAUCUUCUUCAUCAUCUACAUCAUCCUCAUCGCCUUCUUUAUGAUGAACAUCUUUGUGGGGUUCGUCAUCGUCACCUUUCAGGAGCAGGGUGAGCAGGAGUAUAAGAACUGUGAGCUGGACAAGAACCAGCGUCAGUGUGUGCAGUAUGCUCUGAAGGCUCGCCCGCUGAGGUGCUACAUCCCCAAAAACCCAUCCCAAUACAGGGUGUGGUACAUCGUCACCUCCUGCUACUUUGAGUACCUGAUGUUCUUCUUGAUUAUGUUGAACACCUUGUGUCUGGGGAUGCAGCACUGCAACCAGUCAGACCAUGUCACCAAGCUAUCAGACACACUGAACUUGAUCUUCACCGUGCUCUUCACCGUGGAGAUGAUACUAAAACUCAUGGCCUUCAAAGUUAGGGGCUACUUUGGAGACCCCUGGAACGUCUUUGACUUCAUCAUCGUCAUUGGCAGCGUCGUCGACGUCAUCCUCAGUGAAGUCGACACUGCGCUGGAAUCCAGUGGAGGGCUGUACUGUCUCCAUGGCUGUGCUGAGACAAACCCUAUGCAAGAAAUCGCGGCCUCUGAAAAUGCAUCCGUGUCCAUCACAUUCUUCCGACUCUUCCGUGUCAUGCGUCUGGUCAAACUGCUGAAUCGAUCGGAGGGGAUCCGGAACCUGCUGUGGACUUUCAUCAAGUCUUUCCAGGCUCUCCCUCAUGUAGCUCUGCUCAUUGUUAUGCUCUUCUUCAUCUAUGCUGUCAUUGGGAUGCAGAUCUUUGGCAAGGUAGCCUUAGUGGACGGCACCCAAAUCAAUCGCAACAACAACUUCCAGACAUUCCCUCAGGCUGUUCUGAUGUUAUUCCGAUGUGCUACAGGAGAGGCUUGGCAGGAGGUCAUGAUGGCAUCAAUGUACGGGAAGAAGUGUGACCCCAAGUCUGACUUCCUGCCGGGAGAGGAGUACACCUGCGGGUCCAACUUUGCUGUUUUCUACUUCCUCAGCUUCUACUGUCUGUGUGCCUUCCUGAUCCUGAACCUGUUCGUAGCUGUCAUCAUGGAUAACUUUGACUACCUGACCCGUGACUGGUCCCUUCUUGGUCCACACCAUCUGGACGAGUUUAAGAAAAUCUGGGCUGAAUACGACCCUGAAGCCACGGGGAGAAUCAAGCAUUUGGAUGUGGUGACGCUGCUGCGUCGUAUCCAACCCCCACUGGGCUUUGGCAAGUUCUGUCCUCACCGUGCUGCGUGCCAGCGGCUGGUUGGCAUGAACAUGCCUCUCAACAGCGACGGCACCGUCACCUUCAACGCCACCCUGUUCGCUCUGGUCAGGACCGCGCUCAAAAUCAAAACUGAGGGAAACUUUGAGCAGGCCAACGAGGAGCUGAGAGCCAUUAUAAAGAAAAUCUGGAAACGCACCAGUAUGAAGCUGUUGGAUCAGGUCAUCCCACCUAUAGGAGAUGACGAGGUAACCGUGGGGAAAUUCUACGCCACCUUUCUGCUCCAAGAGCAUUUCCGUAAGUUCAUGAAGCGUCAGGAGGAGUACUAUGGGUACCGUCCAUCCAAGAAGAGCGCCUCGGGACCGGAGAUCCAGGCAGGUUUGAGGAGUAUAGAGGAAGAAGCUGCUCCAGAGAUGCACAGAGCAAUUUCAGGUGACCUUCAAAAUGAAGAAGAAAUGGACCGAGCAAUGGAGGAGGCUGGAGAAGAAGGCAUUUACCAGCGUUCACACAAUCUUUUUGGAAAUCGAGUGGACUCCUUCUCCUCUGAGCCUGCCAACGCUCAGCAAUCCCAGGUGACCCACCAGAGACCCCUCCAGUUCUCCGAAAGCCAGUCUGAGUCUCCACCCAACUCCUCAGUGUUGAUGCCCAGUGCAGACUUUUUUCUCACAACUGCUCCCAAGAGCAACACUAACAACAACGCCUUUGCAGAAUUAUCUUUUGAAAGAGAAGGCAGUCCAGAGGAGUUCUAUAAUCCUUACGAGGACCCAGAGCCAGACAUCAGUCACCCCUGGAGCUUUACUGUGAGAACGGACAGAACACAAUACCCCUAUGAUCCUGAAGGUCAGAGUCAGACCGCAGCAGACCAGCUGGUCCAAGAGGCUCUUGAAAGAGGAGGUCUGGUCACUUUGGCCAGAGACCCAGACUUUGUCUGUGUCAGUAAGAAGGAGAUGGCCGACGCGAUGGGCAUGCCCGUCAACGACAUGGAGGGAAUGGCAAGAGGCAUCCUCAACGAGCGCUCCCGCAGCAUGAGCAGCAGCAUCCCCUCUGUCAAAAAGAGACGCGCUGUCCCCGUCCCCUCCUUUGUCCAUGCUGCCGUUCAAGAAACCAGCCAGCCAGAGCCGGCUGUUCGGAAAAAGAGACGCCCAAUUCCCGUGAUUCCUAGCCGAAACAAAAUAGAUGACUCUGAAGUUUAGAGAUUAUCUGAGAUUAUGUGGUUAAUGUGAAUUUUGACACCGAGAGGCUCCCUCUCCAGUCACAUGUUGCCCCUUUGAUGAUCUGUAUCUGUUAGUCUGACUGAAGGUCAACAUGCAGAAGGGAUCAGGGCUUAUUGAGUUAGUCAAAAGUGGAUGAAACCAAAGGAGAAACUAAAUAUCUGAUAAAACACCGCUCAGAUUUUCUGAACUAAUAAAACUUUGAACUUCUAUCAAAGUAAACUGACACUUCUUUCUUUGUAGCAUUUAUUGAGGACAUCCAUUCCACUUAGGGGACAGCCGAGUGUCAAACGUAGCCUCACUGAGGCAGGCAGCGGUCUUUAUCGAGCUGCAGUUUACUGAAGGCCGUGGGAAACGACUCCACUCUGCAGAUAAACGUUGCUUUGGAUCCGACAGUCCUGAUAGGUAACACGAUGCUUCCAAAGCAGAAAAGGAUUUUAUUUGUUGUUGCUAAGGUUUACCACAUCUUCUCUGACUAAAACCGUUAUUUCCAGUUGAAAGGAGGGUUUUUAUAGUAAAUAUUAUGUAACCUAUUAAACAAAGCACAGAUCAACAAUAAAUGAUUUGCUAGAUUUAAUUAACAUGAUUUUUCGGCAUACCUGGAGUAUGGCUGAGUUUAGCUUGGAAACUAACCAAGGCUGAUCUUAUUUUGCACUUGUUUCACAUUUUGUGCCAAGAUCCCAGCAGGCCUUUUUUAGUUUUUUUACUUUGUGGCUUCUGACCUCCCUUUGUUCUACGAAGAUAUCGGUAGUUUGAGUGCAUCCCCCACCUUAUCUGUCCUUUACUUCUGUACCUUUAAGGUCGAUGUUAAUUAUGUAUUUUCACCCCUGUCAAAGAAAAUAAACUUUUCUUUUUGUCUGUA